GUCUUUCUUCGCGCAUUACCGAGACAACAUCUCUCGAUAAUUACUAUCGGUGUAGUUCUGAUUGUUAUUGACAUUUGAUUAGUAUACGUAUUUUUUUGAUAAUUGUUGCUGAUUUUAGUGAAGUUGUUUAAUUGGACUAUCUAGUUGUUUAACCAUAAGUUAACGUUUGCACCACAAACCAUCGAGAAUGUCUUCCCGAAAAACUGCCGGCCGCCGUGGCACAACCAAGAAGCGCGCCCAACGUGCCACUUCGAACGUUUUCGCCAUGUUCGAUCAGGCACAGAUCGCCGAGUUCAAGGAAGCGUUCAACAUGAUUGAUCAAAAUCGGGACGGUUUCAUCGAGAAGGAAGACUUGCACGAUAUGCUGGCAUCGCUCGGCAAAAACCCAACCGAAGACUAUCUGGAGGGCAUGAUGAACGAAGCCCCGGGACCGAUCAACUUCACCAUGUUCCUCACGCUGUUCGGCGAACGGCUUCAAGGAACCGAUCCUGAAGACGUCAUCAAGAACGCUUUCGGUUGUUUCGACGAAGAGAAUACGGGCAUGAUCAACGAAGAAAGGCUGCGGGAGCUGCUCACAACAAUGGGCGAUCGCUUCACCGAUGAAGAUGUAGACGAAAUGUUCCGCGAAGCACCCAUCAAGAACACUAUGUUCGAUUAUAUCGAAUUUACAAGAAUCUUGAAGCACGGAGCCAAGGACAAGGAUGAACAGUAAUUUGGCCUUUUCUUUAUAUUUUAUGUUUUCUUGUUUAUAUGUUUAGAUAGUACCUACCCCAUUCCCGUAGUUAUGCCGCAUAUUUGGCUCAUAUUAUUUCUACUAUCUUAUAACUGUCUUAUUGGUUCGAACCCGCUGUCAGUAUUUCAUCAGAACUGCAUUUUCUACUCUUGAGUACCCUCUUAAGCAUUAAUUAUUGGGAACACAGUACUUUAUCGAAAACUAUCAUUCGCAAACUCGUUUAUCACUUAUCGUGAAAUCAAGUGUUUUAAAAAAUAUAUUUAGAAUCUAUGAUGAAGCCAA